GUCGCUGAGAACUAAAAACUUUGCUGCAUUCAACAACCAACUUGGCCUCCGACAGAAUCUUCAAUAGAGUUGAAUAAGCGAAAUAUGCCAAGAUCUCGUUAAAUGUUCUCGAAAAACGAGUUAAAUAUGUAGAACUCCCUGUUUAAAAAGAAAAUGGCACAAAUUGCAGGUUGGUGAAAUUCCAUAUCAAUACUGCCAGCGGAGCAUUAGUUUUUACCGUAGUAGAUCCACUGUAUUAUCUAAUAGCUAUUUGUCAAUUUGUCAGGAAUUUUUACCUAACCAGAACAAAAUUUCAAUGUUUGUUCUCAGUUUUCCGUGGUGUAUGGCAUGGUGUAUUGUUUGGAGAUCGAUGGAUAUAUUAAGUAGGAGGAUAUUUCAAAUAUUAAAUUGAUAGUUUAAAAUAUAUUAAGUAAAAUUGUUAAGGGUUAUGCAGAAAUAUGAAAAAUUGGAAAAAAUCGGAGAAGGUACCUAUGGAACAGUCUUUAAAGCGAAGAAUAGAGAAAAUCAUGAAAUUGUAGCCUUAAAAAGAGUGAGGUUAGAUGACGACGAUGAAGGGGUUCCUUCUUCAGCUUUACGCGAAAUAUGUCUCCUUAAAGAAUUAAAACAUAAAAAUAUCGUGCGUUUAUACGACGUUUUGCAUAGUGAUAAAAAACUAACUUUAGUAUUUGAACAUUGUGAUCAAGACUUAAAAAAGUAUUUUGAUAGUUUGAAUGGGGAUAUUGAUACAGAAAUUGUUAAAUCCUUUAUGUACCAACUACUACGAGGUUUAGCGUUUUGCCAUAGUCAUAAUGUUUUGCACAGAGACUUGAAGCCACAAAAUUUAUUAAUAAACAAAAAUGGUGAACUUAAACUGGCAGACUUUGGAUUGGCAAGGGCUUUUGGAAUUCCUGUCAAAUGUUAUUCUGCAGAAGUUGUUACUCUUUGGUAUCGUCCACCUGAUGUACUCUUUGGUGCAAAGUUGUAUACAACCUCUAUUGAUAUGUGGUCAGCUGGUUGUAUUUUUGCAGAGUUGACUAAUGCUGAAGUACUAUUUUAUCCUACCAGUUCUCUCUUAGGGCGGCCAUUAUUUCCUGGGUCUGAUGUGGAUGAUCAAAUAAGGAGAAUAUUCAAAUUGCUAGGUACUCCAACUGAAGAUACCUGGAGUGGAAUAAGUCAACUUCCAGAUUAUAAACCAUUUCCAGUGUAUCAAGCUACUAUGAGCUUAUCUCAGGUGGUGCCAAAACUGGGCAAUAAAGGAAGAGAUCUACUUCAAAAGUUAUUAGUCUGCAAUCCCCUAGGAAGACUAUCUGCGGAUGAUGCCAUGGCUCAUUCUUAUUUUAGUGAUUUAAAUCCAGCAUUUAAAAUAUAAAAUAGAA